AAAAUUCAACUCAACCGUUGGGGUGCUUUCAGGGGCCCUCAUCUAUUAUUCCUUCACCAACUUGGUUGUCCGGUUUCUAUAUGCUUUACCAAUCAUCAAAUCCAAAAGAAUCAAUUCCUUCACCACUGAAAUCCCUUCACCCCAUCUUUCUCCAUUCCCAAAUUCAAAUCAGCAGCACAAAAAUGGAGGCACUUUUUGCUCAAUUCUCCAUUCUUUCAGACCAAGCUCUUUAUGACAAGAACUUCGACCCUUACACCAUAGAAGAUGAUCUCAUGAAGCUCUUUGAAGUGGAAGCUUACAACGCUUGGGCAGCUAUGGAGCUCCAUCAAGAAAAGGAAGUUGAAGAAGCUGAGAAUUACAUGAAAGAAGCAGAGCAUCAUAUUAACACUGCUAUGGAAGAUGCCAUGGAAGAAUUUCGCCGUUUCGAAGAGGAAAUGAACCAAAUGGCUAAAGCUGAGUAUGAUAGCCUUGUUGGUGUUGCUGAAAGAGCUAGAAAUAUGGGAAAGACUAUGGAGAAAGUGGCUACAAUUGCUGCCAAGAAGUAUAUUGAAGGUGCUGUUAACUCUGCUGGAGCUUCAAUGAAAUCUGCUAUUAAAGCCAUUUCUUCUCACUCUAACAAGGUUCAUCCUUCUUGAGAUAUCUUUCACUAAUUAUCUAUUUCUUCAAUUUGGACUACACUUGCUAUAGUAAUGUGUCAGCCUUGCUUCUACUUGUUUAGCUCUUGAAUUUUAGUGGAUUAAAUAAGCAAAGUAACUAUCAGAUCCUUGGAACA